AUGACAGAUGCGCCAGAGCAGCAGGCGGCUGCUGUAGAUGCUACGGAUUCUACUGUUGAGUCAACGCAUACGACCAAAGGAGGCCUGACCUCCCCAGCUCGCAGUGAUAGGAGCAGCGACAGCGAAGGAAGGCCCGUAAGGGAGAAGUUAAAAGAGACCCGCAUUGAUGCGCAGGCUACCUCUGAUCCCACCCCGAGUGCGGAUCAGGCUAUGAAUGACGUCCUCAAUGGCAGAGUCAAAGUAGGAGACCAGAGCACAUCAGGGUCAGAUAGCGAGCGAGGACGGCUACGGAGAAAACGCAGCAGGGAGGAUUUUGAAGACGAAGCGGAGGCGGACAAGCAGCCGGAGAAGAAGGUCGAGGUCGGCGAGCGACACAGGCGCAAGAAGUCAAGAGAUGUUACAAAGGACGAUUUGCCUGCGAAGGUCGCGCCGAGUACGAUAUCGAGCAUCGAAGAAAACGACGCAGAAAUGGCGUCUCCGAAUAAGAAGGCCUCCACGGGUACAGCGUCUGGUAAGGUCUCGGGUGUUGACACGAGCCCAAAGAACAAGCGUACACGCGAUCAGGUAGAAGGCGAUGCCGACAAUACUAUAGAGGCUUCAAAGGAAGCAUCUGCGAACGGAGAACUGGCAAAGAAGGCGGGUGAUGAGCGCGACACAAAACGACUGCGAGAUAAAGAUGAUGUCCAAUCUGCUACUGGUGCUGCAGUGCCGACAAGCAAGAUACCACUAGGGAGUGGCUUUGCAAACACAUCUGCAGCAUCUCCAUUCGCCGCCAUGUCCCCCAAACCUCAAGCGUCCGAGACUUCCGAGAAACCCGACAUAUUGCCCCAAACGUCCGACGACAAAUUCAAGUCGUCUGGCUUCGGUAGUUUCUCUACCUCAGCAACCUCUCCAUUCGGCGGACUUGCAAGCCCCAACGCAAAUGCAAGUUCGCCCUUCGCCGCAGCGAGCGGCAGCAAAUUACCUUCAUUUGCUGGAAGUGCGAGUCCCUCAUCGACAUCUGGAACUGGUUUCGGCGCAUUAGGGGGUUCAGGCAAAUCCGCCUUUGGCGGAAGCUCUUUUGGAGGCUCCUUGGGAGGAUCCUUGGGAGGCGGCUUCGGGAGCCUAGGUAGUGCCAAAUCUGGCCUGUCAUCUUUUGCGACACCUGGCACCCUGGAAAUCAAAGGAUUAAAGGCCAAGUCAGAUAAGCCUUUCGGUGCGGCUGCGUUGGGUGAAGCUUCAGACGAGGAUGAUGCUGAGGACGAAGAGACGGAGAAGGACGCUAAGGAAGAGGAGCAGCGACCUACUCAGACGUUCUUGUCACAACAACAACCGCACGAAACCGGCGAAGAAGGCGAACUAACUGCCUGGGCGGGCCGCGCAAAGCUUUACACCAUGGCCGGCGAGACUGGAAACCGAGCAUGGAAGGAGCGUGGCGUUGGAACGUUCAAAUUCAACAUUACCGUCGAAGAGCCGAAGAAAGCGCGUUUCGUUCUACGCGCAGAUGGUACGCACCGUCUGCUUCUCAAUGCUGCAGUCACGGAGCAACUAGUUUUUGGCGGCGAUUCGCAGGGGGCGGAGCCGAAGGAUGGACGGCUCCUGUUCAAUAGCCCGACUAGUGAUGGGGAGAUUGAGAUGCAUUUGCUCAAGUUGAAAUCUGAGAGAGCAGUUGAGCUUUGGCAGGAAGUUACUAAGGUACAAGAGACGGAGUUGUAG